AGUAUACAUUGAGUACAAGGGGUUGUUGUAGACGCAGAGUAUCUACAUCUACAAUAAAAAUACUGCUAUUUUUGUAAUAAAAAAAUGGCAGGAUCCAUCGAAAUCCCGCUAAGGGACACCGAUGAGGUCAUAGAAUUGUGUUUAGAUCAACUACCUGAUGGUGACGAAGUGCUUGGUAUAUUACGACAAGAACAUGCACAGCUCAGUAUUUGGGUCAAUUUGGCUCUUGAGUAUUACAAGCAACACAAGAUCGAGGAUUUCAUUAAAAUUCUCGAAUCAUCUAGAAUUGAUGCAAACAAUGAUUAUCGGGAUCAUGAGAAAGAUCAAAUGCGGGCGUUGGACAUGCUGGCUGCCUACUAUGUUCAAGAAGCCAACCGUGAAAAGAAUAAGGAUAAAAAAAGAGAUUUGUUUAUGAAGGCAACUCUGCUGUACACAACGGCUGACAAAAUCAUCAUGUAUGAUCAGAAUCAUUUGCUGGGAAGAGCCUACUUUUACUUGAUCGAGGGCGAUAAAAUGGAACAGGCUGAUAUCCAGUUCAACUUUGUCUUGAAUCAGUCACCAAACAAUAUCCCAUCUCUUUUGGGAAAAGCCUGCAUUGCUUUCAACAAAAAGGACUUUAGAGGCGCUUUAACAUUUUAUAGAAAAGCCCUACGUACCAAUCCAAAUUGUCCAGCCGCGGUCAGAGUCGGCAUGGGCCACUGUUUUAUGAAACUGAACAAUCACGAGAAAGCGCGCAUGGCUUACGAAAGAGCUCUGCAGCUUGACAGCCAGUCCGUUGGGGCACUGGUAGGCCUCGCCAUUCUGAAGCUCAACGAACAAAACCCAGACAGCAUCAGGGCUGGCGUGCAAAUGUUUUCCAGAGCCUACACCAUAGACUCGACCAACCCCAUGGUACUGAAUCACUUGGCCAAUCACUUUUUCUUCAAAAAAGACUACAUGAAGGUUCAGCAUCUGGCUCUGCAUGCCUUUCACAACACCGAGAACGAAUCGAUGCGUGCCGAAAGUUGUUACCAGCUCGCAAGAUCAUUUCACGUUCAGCGCGACCACAAUCAAGCCUUCCAAUAUUACUAUCAAGCGACGCAGUUUGCCUCAUCUGCCUUUGUACUACCGCACUAUGGUCUUGGUCAAAUGUACAUGUAUCGCGAAGACAGCGAGAACGCAGCUCAGUGCUUCGAGAAGGUCCUCAAAGCCCAGCCGGACAAUUACGAGACGAUGAAGAUUCUGGGCUCGCUGUACGCCAACUCGAGUUCCCAGUCUAAGCGAGACAUAGCCAAGAAUCACUUGCGCAAAGUGACCGAGCACUAUCCGGAGGACGUCGAGGCUUGGAUCGAACUCGCCCAGAUCCUCGAGCAGAGCGACUUGCAGGCCUCGCUCAACGCUUACGGCACGGCGACUCGCAUCCUCAGCGAGAAGGUCCAAGCAGAAAUACCACCGGAAAUCCUCAACAACGUGGGCGCUCUGCACUACAGACUCGGCAAUCUCGAGGAGUCGCGCGCCAAGUUGAUGGAGUCGCUGGCGCGCUCGAAGGCCGACGCGGAGCACGACGCCAACUACUACAACUCCAUCGCCGUGUCGACAACGUACAAUCUGGCGCGCGUCUUCGAAGCCCACUGCAUGUUCGACAAAGCCGAGAAGCUGUACAAGGACGUCCUGAAGGAGCACCCGAACUACAUAGAUUGUUACCUGCGGCUCGGGUGCAUGGCGCGCGACAAGGGCCAGAUCUACGAAGCGUCCGAUUGGUUCAAAGACGCGCUUAGGAUCGACAACGAGCACCCGGACGCCUGGUCGCUGCUCGGCAAUCUCCACUUGGCCAAGCAGGAGUGGGGCCCAGGGCAGAAAAAGUUCGAGAGGAUCCUCAAAAACCCCAGCACCAACAACGACGCGUACUCGCUCAUCGCACUCGGCAACAUUUGGCUGCAGACUCUGCACCAAAGCGGCAAGGAGAAGGAGCGCGAGAAACGCCACCAGGAACGAGCUCUGGCCAUGUACAAGCAGGUUUUGCGUACGGACCCCAAGAACAUCUGGGCGACCAAUGGAAUCGGCUGCGUGCUCGCUCACAAGGGCUACACGAACGAGGCUCGCGACAUCUUUGCUCAAGUCAGAGAGGCGACCGCCGAAUUUCCCGACGUCUGGCUGAACAUUGCGCACAUCUACGUCGAACAGAAGCAAUUCGUCAGCGCCAUUCAAAUGUACGAAAAUUGUCUCCGCAAGUUCUACAGUUUCCAUCACGUUGAAAUCCUGGGCUAUCUGGCCCGCGCGUACCUGAAAGCGGGCAAACUAAAGGAAGCCAAAUUCACGCUGCUCAAGGCGCGUCGAGUAGCACCCCAGGAUCCAGUGUUGCUGUACAACGUGGCGUACGUGCUCCAGCGACUCGCCACAAUGAUACUGAAGGACGAGAAGUCGACCCUGACGACGGUGCUGCAGGCGGUGCACGAGCUCGGCUUGUCGCACAAGUACUUCCAGUACCUGGCCAGCCACGGUGACCGCAUGGAGCAGGCGGCCGAGUCCGAGUCCCGGCGCUGCCAGGAUCUCAUGUCCCAGGCGCAGUACCACGUGGCGCGGGCUCGUAGGCUCGACGAGGAGGAGCGCAUGCUGCGGAAAAAACAGGAGGAGGAGCGCAUGGCGUUCAAGAUGCGCCAGACGGAGGAGCAGCGCAAGCAGGAGGAGAUACGCCGUCAGCGCGAGGAGGAGAUGCUACAGAAGCGACAGGAGUACGUGGAAAAAACGAAGAACGCGUUGGUGUUCAACGAGGUGCCGAGCGAGAAGCCGAAGAAGGGGGGCAAGAAGGGCCGGAACGACGAGAUCAUCAGCGGGGAGAGCGAUGGCUCGGCUGACGAUGAAGGCAGGGCAGGGGGCAGUGACGAGGCGCCUCGGGAGAAAAAACAGCGCAAGAAAAAGGGCGAGCCCAGGGAUAAGUCGAGCAAGGGCAGGCGGAAGAGGGACGCCGAGGACAGCGCAGGUUCGGGUGGCGAUAAGCCGAGCAAGAAACGCGGAAAGAAGGGACCAGCUCCCAAGAAGGAGAAGUUUGCCAAAAAGGACCUCGUGGUGGCAAAGUCGCGCAUCAGGUCGAAGGAAACGAUAUCGACGAGCGAGUCGGAAAGCGACAACGAGCGCUCGAAACUCAGAAGCGGGGACGAGAGCGACGUUGGCGGACCACGACGCAUCGCCUCGGAUACAGAAAGUUCGAGGGCCUCGCGUUCGCGUUCACGCUCGAGAUCGGCUUCUGGUUCUCGCGGUUCUCGUUCAGGCUCCGGUUCCCGGUCAAGAUCAAGGUCGAGGUCAAGGUCGAGGUCGAGGUCUGGAUCUCGUUCUCGGUCGGGAUCGAAAUCCCACUCAUCGCGCUCAAGGCGCUCUUCAAGCUCGGAUCGCUCGGUACGCUCCAAAAAAUCCGUCUCGCCCAGCUCAGCGAGAUCGAACAGCGGCUCGCGACGCAGUGGGUCACGACAGAGCGGCUCCAAGUCCCGCUCCCGCAGCCCCGCCGGGUCGCACAAGAGUGGCAGGAGUUCAUCCAGGUCCCGCUCCCGCAGCCCCGCUGGAUCGCAAAAGAGUGGCUCCAGGUCCCGCUCCCACAGUCCCGUUGGCUCACACAAGAGUGGCAAGAGCGGUUCGCGCUCCAACAGCCCCGCUGGCUCGCACAAGAGUGGCUCCAGGUCCCGCUCCCACAGCCCCGCUGGCUCGCACAAGAGUGGCUCCAGGUCCCGCUCCAACAGCCCCGCUGGCUCACACAAGAGUGGCAAGAGCGGUUCGCGCUCCACAUCGAAGUCAAGGUCGAGGUCUAGGAGUGCUUCGCACUCGGAUAAUUGAGAUGGAGAGCGCUGAUGGAAGAUGUUGGUUGAGUUGGUGCUCGGCCGUAUUAGCGGUGGGCCGGGCGAGUGUUGUGAUUUGGACGACGAGGUUCUUUCAGCGAGGACUUGAGUUUUUGGACAUUUGUGUUGUACAAACAUGUAAAUCGAGGAUUUGGGUUGGCUUUGGUAUCAAUUAAUUUUCAUUUAGGUAUAGAAAACGAUAUGUCGAUGGUUUGCAAGACUCAAUGACGCCUCGUGCAGAGAAAUUUUGAGUUGCUAUAUUUGUAUGACAUGAUGUGUUGUUGAAUGCAUAUAUUUUUUUUUUAUUAUCUGGGUUAGUUGAACGUUUGACUUUUUGCCGUGUGUGUACGUGCAAACGCGAUGUUUCUUGUAUUUGUAAAAAUUAGGCAGUUCAUAAUUAUUUUGCAAUUAAGAUUAUAAAACACAUUGUGUAUCAAUUAUUUUACUGUAAUGAUCAAAGUGUAGAAUAAAAUUUUGAAACAAAA